AGUUCCCCAUUCAUCAUCGGCAUGCGCGUUGCCUGUGGAUACAGAGCCUAUGACUCUUGUGCCAACGGCGGCGAUUGAAAACGCCUUGAGAUUAAUCGGCAGUGAGAAAGCAGAAAUGUUCAAAUCUGGAGACCAGAAUCUACUCUCCAGCGAAGGCCAAAUAUUGAACUUCAUUUAUCAUAACAUACUCACUCUUGGACAGCCUGAUAGGAACGAUUCAGAGCAACCAUUCAAUGCUUUGAAUGACAUAGACAUGGACUACGAAGCAGCUAUUAAUGAACCAAUUAUCAUUCUUGAAGAUGACAUCGAAGGUGAAUUAAGCUUUAAUUCAUUUUCUUAUUUGGAAAAUCGUGAGCCUGUUAUGGACAAUCCAGCGGACGCAGCGAUUAUUGAAUCUGAUGUUGACGAGAACGAUGAUCUACAACCAACUUAUUUCUCCUUCCCAUCAGAAAGCUUGUCGGCAACCGAGACGCCACAUAAUGAGUUGGAUUUACGUAGCAGUGCAGCUUUCGAUGAUAUUUCAAACUUCCCUGAAUUACAUCAUGUCAAUGCUCAGAAGUUCUUUGAAGCUCCACCAACCCCAAAGCGCAAUCCAAAGCAUCGAUUCUAUAAGCAAAAAUCUUACGCUAUUCUGACAGCUGGGGAACGAUUGGAAGAAAUUCAAUUAAUCGAGAGCAAAAAGGCUGAAGCAACAAAAUUGAAACAAGAGAGAGCCGAGAAACGAAAAAUGGAUAAAAUCAAGAAAGAAGCUGCAGCAGCCGCAAGAGCGAAUGCAAAGAAGAUGAAAGAGUUAGAAAAGGAAAAGAAAAAAACUGAUAAAAAAUCUACCAAGAAGCGGUCUAAGAAGUUGUUAGUGUAAUACGAAUGCAUAAAUGUAUCUUUGACACAAUGUAAAAUAAAAUAAUAAUCCACCAAAUUGAAGAAUAAUAAAAAGCAAAUGA